AUGGCCAACGCAUGGCUGCAGUCGGCUCGCAAGCUGGCUCCUCUCACACUCUCCCUCCUGCUCCUCCUCGCCGUCACCAGCGCCAGCGCCGCGCGGUCUAGCCUGCGCGCGUCCCCCUCCACCACCGGCGCAACCCGCAGCUUCGCCAACCGCCGUGCGCUCGCCCGCGCGGAUUCCGCGAUCAUUGCCGGCAGCUUGGGCACGAUCGACGGUCCAAACGACGACGAGGUGACUCAGAAGAUCGUCGAUAUAUUCAUGAACGCGGGUUACAACGUGAUGGUGAUCAAGAGCGACCAUUCCCUGCAGGGUGAUCCAGCGUCCGCGCAGGUGGAGGUGUGGCACUUCUUUGAUAACUCGGAGUUCACGGUGUAUUACAAGCAGGGCGCGUUCUCUGUGGAGAAUCUUGGCAAUGGCGGGUUCGAGAACUGGGCGUUCGGAGGCAACUGGCAGCGGUACGGCGCUGAUGAGAAGGUUGUCGUGUUCUCGUGA